AUCAAUUUUGCACUUUUGUUGGAAACAAAAUAUAAUAAUUAAAAUAUAUAAUUCACUUUAUGCCUUUGGACAAAGUCCUCUCUUUUUCACUUCAUCAUCUGAAACCAUAGACCAAGUUAACUUAUUGACUUCUACAACACACACUUGAUAGGGGCAUAUACAUAUAUAUAUAAAAGAAGUGAUCGGCUGUAACUUCAUCUUGAAGAAUAGCUGCAUAUUAGGGUAACAGUUUAGGGUUUCGUGUGUGUGGAAUUGAAGUGUGCAUUUUAGUGUAAUGGGCAGAUCUCCGUGUUGUGAUAAAGCCAAAGUUAAAAGAGGCCCAUGGUCACCUGAAGAAGACGCCAUUCUCAAGAACUAUAUUCAUAACCAUGGCACCGGUGGCAACUGGAUUGCCUUGCCUCACAAAGCAGGGCUGAAACGAUGUGGGAAAAGCUGUCGACUGAGAUGGUUGAAUUAUCUACGACCGGAUAUAAAGCUUGGAGGGUUUACUGAAGAAGAAGAUAAUAUUAUAUCAUCUCUCUACGUCAAUAUCGGAAGCAGGUGGUCUGUGAUAGCUUCUAAGUUACAUGGAAGAACAGACAACGAUGUCAAGAACCACUGGAACACGAAGCUGAAGAAGAAGUUAUCUCUAUCGCAUAACACCAGCAAUGCCACCACAACUUCUGUCGCCCCCAUCAAUCACAUACAAUUUAGCUCUCCGACAAAUCUACCAAAACAAGAAGUCGAUCAUUAUCAAACUAUAUAUAAACCUAUCUUCGACCACUCUAUGAUGGUGGAUUAUCAGCAAACCCCGAUGACAUCAGAUUCAACAAGUACCAGUACUAUCAACGUUAACAUAUUGUCUUCACAAGAGAAUCAUGGUUUUUCUCCUAAUGCAUUUCCAAUCAGCAAUGGCUAUGCCUCUUGGUGUGAUAAUGGUGGAGGAGUGAUAGACUCCGGCAGUGAUUUUUUGACGGGAGAAUUUGAUUUCCGGCAAGUGUUUGGUGAAGUUGCUAACUUUAAUUAUGCAUCUCCAUGGCUCUAAAGUUGAAGAAAAAAUGGUGAAGGUUACAUAGCUAGGAACCGAUAACUAAAACUAGCAGACCUUGUUCUAGUUUAAGUAUUUAGCUAGGUCGUUUAAUGGUUUUUAUAUUAAGCUUUGACAUCAUAUGAAUAUGUAUGUAUGUAAAUAUAUUAUUAUCAUCUAAAUUUACAUGAAAUUGAUAAUUGCAUGGAUUA